AUGAAUCGAAAUUAUACAAUUCCGAUUGAAUUGUUAUUUGAGAUUGUCACAUUCACCGAUUCCUUUGAAGAUAUUUUAAAUAUAGCAACUUCGAAUAAACAAUGGUUUGAGAAAAUACUUGAAUUUAUGAAGACUAAAAGUUUUAUUGAUUUUCGUGAAAGUAUGACAAUAGACAUAAAUAUAAAUAAAGAUAAUAACGAUGAUUUUGAGAUGAGAAAUGAAUUUUAUAAAAAUAUUUUAGGUAUAGAGUUUCCAAAAGUAAAAAUAAUUACAAUAAAAUCAAAGGAGAUAAGAAAUGAAGAGCUUGAUUAUUUGUUGAAGAAUUGCCAAAGCAUAGAAGCACUUGAAAUUUUUUCUCUAUCAAAUAUUUUAACAAAUAGCAUUACAAAGCUUUGCUCAAAAAUUAUUGGAUUAAAGCUUAUUUCACUGUAUCGUGGACUCUGUAAGUGUGAUUAUACCGAAAAAGAGAAAGAGGAGGAAUUUAAUUGCCCAUGCAUUAGUUAUAAACGCAAAUUAAUCGUAAGGCGGCCAAAACUAAAUAUUGUCGAUAGUGAAUUGACGCAAAAUGGCUCUAUAUUAAGGUAUUUAGAUUUCUAUACACAGGAAUUAAAGUGA